AGGGAGCAUUGAGGUAGGGGUGGGGGCGUCAGAGGCUGGAGAAAGAGGCACCUGGAGGAGGACACAGGCUCCUCCAGGCGGGACCCUAACAGCAGCGAGAGGAGCGUGGUGGGUGGGUCACCACCACCAUUUCAGACGUGGGGAGAGCUGGCCUUCCUUGGAGGGGCCAGGCCAGGGCUCGUCCACCAGCCAGAUGUGGAGGGUGGCAGAUGGGAAAGGCCCUGGGUGGGCGCUAAGAACUGAGAAUGGAGCCCCUCUUCAACCCCUCCCAAAGGUUAUGACAUUUUUUUCUGGGAUUGUCACAUUUUCUUAUUCUUUUUUUGGACUGGGCAGGCUCUGGGACGUUCUUUUUCCUUCUGUGGAGCAAAGCAGCAGCCACUCCCAAGGGAGCCUCUAUCCCCAGAGACCAGACGUGCCGCCUGUCCAGCCUCUCCCAUCCCAGACUUGGGGGCCAAAGCCUGGGAGGCUGGGGAAGGGGGGUCCCCAAUCCCAGGAUGACAAGCAGGAGGACCCUAGUUGAGACUCCGUAUCCUCCAGGAGAGAAGGGGGUGUAGCGUGGGGACAUGGGUUGCCCCAGCUGACCUGAGAAGGGUACAGGAAGCCCAGUCCAGGGACAGGUGACCCGGUCCAGGGCCUGAAGCUGGGAAAGAAGGGGCUGGCUCCCUCCUCUGCAGCAAAUGCAGCCCCUAGCACCCCGGCCCGGCACCCCUAAACACGUCCCCUCCUCCAGUUCAGAGCUGGGGUGGACAUGGUAGCCCAGGAGGGACAGUCUCCGGGGUGCUAGAGUGUGGGGGAGGACCCUGGGUGGGGACAGAGAGGAGGAAGAACUGCUGCCUGGGGAAGUCACGGACAGCCCCGUCUGGGUACAGCUACCAAACCUCAGGUUGCCACGCCCCUUCCUUUCCCUAGAAACUUGACCCCUGAAAGCAAGCCCAGCUGCGGGGCCACCUUCUGUCUCCUCAUCUACUUGCUAGGAACCUGUGGGACCCACAGUCUCAGAGGAAGCUGGGCAGGCGGUGAGGGGCCGAGGUCCCGGGAGAUGCUGCACCUGCCCCAGACUUGGGCCAGGGCAGUGGCCUCUGCAUGCCCAGGCCUCAGGGGUAUUGGGGGCCCUGAGAGUGCAGAACUCCAGCACUGUCUCCUCUGAGCGCCAUUCACACACCGUCCCAGAAGGCCAAGAGAGACCAACCAGACAGAAACAAGCAUUCAGAGGCCACAAGCUAAGGGAGGCGUGGCGGGGGGGGGAUGAAGAUUGAGAAAAUAAAGUAGAACCAAGUUGUGAGCUUCCUGGCCAGGGAGGAGGGUGGUGGACAUGCACGGAGGCCCAGAGGGCAGAGGUGGGCGCAGGUGUUCACAACUGCCUCCGGGGCACUGAUUGGCCCCCCUGUGCCGUUGCCCAAGGAGACCUGGGGUUCAAAGUGGUAUCUUAGGUGGCACGAGGGCCACCCACAGCUUUGGCGCUCCUGGUGCACCUCCCCUGCAGAUGGUGCAACCAAACGCUGGGAGGUACACGCACCACACCACACCCCUCAGGGACUCUGAGGCUUUGACUGGGGAGCAGGGUGCCUCCACCCACUGCCACCCCCACUUCCCUGGCUGGCGCACCCUGUGGUACGGCCUUGGUUCCACAGCGGUUUCACAGCCUAGAGGCAGUGGGCAAGGAGGGAGGGAAGUCUUGGGAGGGAGGUAGCAGGACCAAAGAACCAUGUUUGGGGGGCACGUCCCUCCUCACCAGGGCCCUGCCCCCCUCCCCACACCCUCAGAAGGUCCAGCCCUGAGUCCCACUUAAAACCUCACUGCGGCAGGUCUAACCUGCUGCCCCUGGCUGAGACCUCUGGGACCCGCAGACAGACCUGGACUCUUGGUGGGAGCCGCUCUGCCCACUCCCCACCCCAGACGCCCUAGAAGCAAGUCUGGCCACCACCCGCACGCACAGUUGGUAGCCCCAGACUCUCGGGGCCCCUUUGGGAGGGGCUGGGAGCCGGAAACUGAGAAAGAGGAACCCAGGCUUCCGGCUUCCCAGGGAGUGAGCGGAUGGGGGUGUCUCGGAACCUUCUGUGGGGGCCUCAUCUGGGGCCCAGCCUGGGAGGAGGGGCCAGAAGCUGCUGCAGCCCCCUCCUCAAUGACCCCAGACCCCCUCCCAGCCCUGCUGUAAGCUUGGGGUUGGGGUAGAAGCCCUGGGCAGAGCCAGGCCCAGAGGCAGGAGCAGGCCCUGCUAGGGAGACACCCUCUCAGGACCCCUCCUAAGGGACAGGCAGGGGCUGGGGUUUCAGGUUCUCAGUCAGAACCUUGGCCCCUCUCCCCAGACCCCCAGGCUGUGGUGAGGGUCUGAGAGCUGGCACCACGGAGCCUGGGCAACCUCCUCCGCCCACCCAUGCCCACCCCGCAUGAGGCUGAGAAGCAGAACACAGGGCCAGAGGAGGCGGACCGGCCCCCUUCAAUGUCCAGUCAUGAUGCAGCCCCUCCCGCAGCCCCCAGCCGUAACCCCUGCUGCCUAUGCUGGUGCUGCUGCUGUAGCUGCUCCUGGAACCAAGAGCGGCGGCGCGCAUGGCAGGCCUCCCGGGAGAGCAAGCUGCAGCCCCUCCCCAGCUGUGAAGUAUGUGCCACGCCAAGUCCUGAGGAGGUGCAGAGCUGGGCCCAGUCUUUUGACAAGCUGAUGCACAGCCCGGCGGGACGCAGCGUGUUCCGGGCGUUCCUGCGGACAGAGUACAGUGAGGAGAACAUGCUCUUCUGGCUGGCCUGUGAGGAGCUGAAGGCCGAGGCCAACCAGCACGUGGUGGACGAGAAGGCGAGGCUCAUCUACGAGGACUACGUGUCCAUCCUGUCCCCCAAGGAGGUGAGCCUGGACUCCCGUGUGCGGGAGGGCAUCAACAAGAAGAUGCAGGAGCCGUCCGCACACACGUUUGACGACGCACAGCUGCAGAUCUACACACUCAUGCACCGGGACUCCUACCCACGCUUUCUCAGCUCUCCCACCUACCGUGCCCUGCUGCUGCAGGGGCCGUCACAGUCCUCCUCCGAGGCCUAGGCCGCCCCCAGCAGCACAGACCCCACCGCCUCCUAUGGCCGACUCUGGGUUGCCUUCAGGUGUUGGCUGUCGGGGCACACGCCUGCGGGCCCAGCCUGGCCGGCUGGGGUCCCCACCCGUGGAGACGGUCCUAGACCCAGUGGGGAGUGCUGUGCCUCCUGGCUCUGCCCACCUGUGGCCAAGCAGGAACUCCAGGUGCAGGGUGGGCCAGAAGCCUUCUCAUCGGCCCGCAGCUGGCUGGCCCAGUGCUCCUGGUGGGGGCUCUUGCAUGGUGAGAGUAGGGGCCCCCCCGGGAGCCAUGCUGGACCCAGGAGCCUCGUUGGGGCCUCCUCCCCAGGCAGCUGACGGGCCCCGGACAGGCCUUGGUGGGGGGCAGAACCUCUGCACCAUGUAGUUCUAGGACAUAAGGAGAUCUCCUACUUGAGCUGUCUGUACCCCAGAAUCAAACCCAGAACCUCAGAACCAGAUGUAGGACCUCAGAAUCCUGCACUCAAGGUGGCAGGACCCAAUUUCUGUUUUACAUGUUCAUGAACUUUAAACCUGGAAACAUAUCCUUACUAGGUGUUUUAUCAAAAAAAAAGUUUUCAUAUUUAUCUCUAUCCCUAACCCCCCCAAAAUAGGAUGUCUUAUUAUUGAAGAUAUUUUUAAAGCACAA